UCUCUGCUGUCUUCACAGAUAAGAGAAAAUACACAGAAACCAACCCCUCCUUUCUCUUCUCUCUCCCUCUCUCUCUCUCUCUCUCUCUCUCUCUAAAUCUCGUGCUACCCUCUUUCCUCUUAAGGCCAAACGCCCACCUUCAGCGCCCCAAACCACGCCCCUUUUCAGCUCUCAACCCAGGUCCAGAACCUUCUUCCUAGUUCUCCGCCAAGCAGAGCUCCGUCAAGAUGUCGUGGCAGACCUACGUCGAUGACCACCUCAUGUGCGAAAUCGAGGGCAACCACCUCUCCGCCGCAGCCAUCAUCGGCCACGACGGCAGCGUCUGGGCCCAGAGCGCCACCUUCCCUCAGUUCAAGCCAGAAGAAAUUACUGGUAUCAUGAAUGACUUCAAUGAGCCUGGCACCCUUGCACCCACUGGGUUGUACCUUGGAGGCACAAAGUACAUGGUGAUUCAAGGCGAGCCUGGAGCGGUCAUUCGAGGGAAGAAGGGAGCUGGAGGAGUGACGGUGAAGAAGACCAGUCUGGCAUUGGUCAUGGGCAUCUAUGACGAGCCAAUGUCUCCAGGGCAGUGCAACAUUAUAGUGGAAAGGCUCGGGGAUUAUCUCAUCGAUCAGGGUCUUUAAAUCACCUUCUUUGUUUCCUUCUCUUUGUUAUUUAUAUCCAUCCUCCAGGCAUCUAAUACGAAACCUUGCAUCUGUCCGACAUUAUUAAGUAGCUUAAGAUGAAGUGGAUCACUGUGUGAAAAGGAAAAAAGAAUGGGAGUUUGAUUGAUGUUUAUUUUGGAUCUUGAUGGAUUUGUGUUCCUUUGUACUAUUUUGAUGAUGGUAUUGUCAUGAUGAUUGUCUAAAUUAGAUUUGGGGUUUGUGAAUCAAAUGACGGGAUCGGUUUUUGAUUGUCUGUCAGUGUUGUAUUGGUUCGGUAUGGCUUCGUGCGCUUGUGUUUUGCAUAUUUCUGGAGCGAAUCCGGCGGAGAUAAUGGAGGUAGUUUCUGUCUGGAGACUUGGACGGGACGUGAUACCCAAAUCGCAGGCUUCCGUCGGUCGGCGUAUGAACGGUGGGGUAAAAGCAAAGAGACUUUUCAGAAUUUCUGUUCUUUUACGUUAUCGUCAGUCGCAGUGACGCACGGUGGGGUGGAUUGUUUUACAAGUUACACCCCAUCGACUUCCUAGUGACGGGAUUGUCUUGCAAACUGGGAACAUUGUUGCAAAAUUAUCAACUUCGCCUAACGAUUGAUCUGAUUUUGGUCUAAUCCGAUGAUCAUUUAGCC